AUAAUUUCAUUUAUAAUUUGAUGAGUAUCAUUAGUUAUUUACUUGAGCACACAGAUAUUCAUUUUGUGAUAUAUAUGGAAUAUGCUAUCCUACUAAUAAGAAACUACAAAACAAAAUGUCGAAAACCUUGUACGUCACAAUUAUUAGUUAUAUUAUCACUUCAUAUCAUGGUAUAAAUGCUUGUCCUACGGCAAGCUGCGGUUGUGUUGGAACAAAAUAUUUCUGUUCCAACAGACAGUUAACGUCAGUACCAGAUGGUAUAGAAGCAAAUGUUACACUUCUGCAUUUAGAAAAAAAUCGUCUCAUCGCAAUUGAUGAUAGCGUUUUUUCUGGAUUCACAGAAUUGCAAAAGUUACAUUUAAAUGAUAAUGAGAUUAUCAGUAUAACAGCCAAUGCGUUUCAAGAUCUUACAUCGUUAGAACGCAUAUAUCUACAAGAUAACCAAAUAACCAGCUUACCGUCAGGGUUAUUUUCUGCCAACAUUAAUCUUGUAAAUGUAUAUGUACAAGAAAAUAAUCUUACCAUGGUAUCAGCUGCUGUAUUUGGGGCGAUAACAUCAAUAACUACAAUACAAAUAACAGAUAAUCCGCUUGUAUGUUGCACUAUGACAGAUUUAUUAAUUUGGAAAAACAACCAAUCAAGUCUGACUGACGGUUCCUUUACAGCAACGUGUUAUGACUUUAAUACAGAGACUAACAUCAACUCAUUUGAUUCGUCAAAUUGUUCAAUAGAAGUUGCUGGACAAUGGAGUAUGUGGACAGAUUCCUCCUGUUCAGUGACCUGCGGGGAUGGAAUAAUUACCAGAUCAAGGAAUUGUGAUAAUCCUGCGCCUAAAGACAGUGGUCCUGAUUGUAUCGGAUCCAGUAAUGAAACAAUACAGUGUAACUUAGACCCUUGUCCAGAAUUUGGAACUUUGGUAAUCAGUCUUGUCUUAGGAAUUUGUGGUGCUACCGGAGUUAUAUGUUUGAUCAUAUUAAUCUUACUAAAGAAAAGGUCGCGCAAGAAAGUAAAACAUAAAACUACGAAAGACAGAACGUCAAUGGUCAGAGAAACAUCAUGAAGCAUGGACAUAGAUGCCGUAACAACAUUGAACGUUUAAAGACCACGGUAUUAAGAAUUUAGAGUUCGUAAUACAACUAAUAGUAACGGGCACUUACAGCGGAAGAUUACGGGGGUAAAUCAAAACUGCUAUAAGAACAAAACGAUCAAAACGAUCAAAACUCAGGAUUGGUUUUUUUUUAUUUUUAAUUGUUACUCUUUUAUGUAAUGUUUGCACCAAUGCACUAUUUUUUGUAAUUUGUUUAAUACAAUAUACACGAUUUACCAUCAAUGAUUGUGAAAUUACACUUUGCGUUACUAUUAAUCUUCUUUUUGAUGAAGUAAUGUUUGUUUGAGUUUCAAAAUAGAAAACAAAGGGGAUUUGAGCUAAACGCGAAUGUAACCACAAACAGCAAAAAAGGACAUCAAGAUGCAUCCACAAAAAAGGGACAUUGAGAUUAAAUAUAACGGAAACUAUCGAUGAUAUGUCUUCAACCCAAAUUACUAGUAAGACAAUAACACUUAAACUAAAGACAACCACCAGACGACAUACUAAAACAUGGCAAGGUUAAACGCGACAAGGUGAUAGGACGUGCCGCUGGAAUAGGUCUAAUUUUCCAGCUUGAAAAUAUGUGAAUAGGUGGGGAAAACUAUCAGAAAUAUAUGAUAAGGUCAAUAAAGUUCCAAUUACUGGUAUAUGAAAAGUCCUGUAAUUUUUUCACAGCCGAAAGUCUCGCCGUAAGUAAACAUAACAUACGGAAUCUUAGCCUUAAAUAUUCCACUUUUCCAACACACCAUACGAAACCAAACCAAUAUGGGAAAAGGUUACAUUUUUACCUACGCAAUAUAUGAAAAGGUAUACAUUUUUAAGAUCUAAAUUAUAUGAAAAGGGUGGGGUAACAGAACCCCAGCGACACCCCCUAUCAAUUAAGUAUUGAAGUCCCCCCAAAAUUUAGCCAUGCAGGUUAUGUAUUACAAUGAUUGAUGUGUAGUCUGCCAGCCUCUACAAAUAGAUCAUUAUACUUUAUGUCCGAUAGUUGUGCAUAUCUAAAUAGCAUUUUAUCAUAUAAUUAUGAAUAUGACAAAAAAAAAUCAUAAAUGAGUUCGGUGCGAGCACUUUUCUCACACCUUUGAAAAUUGACAUGUGUACAUAAAUGUAGCUACAAUGGAAUAAUUUUAUUUAAAAAAGAAUUUCAUUUCUGUUUGUUAUAUACAUUUUAGUUACAUACACCAAUAGUAUUUGUACAUACGAUAAGAUAUGUAUAUACAAUUAAUAAUAUGCUGCUGAAUGAAUCUGAAAGUAAACGAGUGAUGUCUUUUUGUAAAAUAUACUGAAAAAUAAUUUGAAUCUUUAAUUUUAUAUAUAUGUGGUACAUGUGUUCGAUAUCUUAAUAGAAACAAAAAUGAUAUAACGGUUUGUAAUAGAUAAGGCUGUGAUAUAGACUUUUUGUGUGUUAAGUUUGUUCUUUGUAUGAUAAAUAUGGAUUCCAUGACCGAAAUUAAAAUGUAAGAAGGAAUCUUGAAUAAAUAAGAGUUUUAAUACUUUUUGCUUUCUUUCUGUUACUAUGAGCAUUCUAUCCCAGGAAAUAAAAAGAAAUUAUCAUAUUUUCAUUUAACAGUAUCAACUACAUGGGUUAUACAUCCUCAUUUAAUGUUAAAGAUACCAAUACUUAUUGAUCGGAAGUGCCCGUAUGUAAUAUGCGGUCGGGAAUUCAUAUGAGGCAUUCAUAAUCCUUAAGUCGAAGAACUAGCAACACCAUACAGAGUCACAAGACGAAAAUUUAAGCAACAUUUUUCCCUCGAAUGGGACAUCAUCGAGUUGUUCCUACAUGGGCAACACGACGGGUACCACAUCUGAAACCAGACAUGCUUACCAUUCCUGAACUCCUGAGACCAUCUUCGGUAUUUUGUGGGGUCCGUGUUGCUCCGUCUUUCGUUUUUUCUAUGUUGUGAUUUGAAGACUGUUUGUCUUUUUUUGUUUUUUUUUACCAUGGCGUUGUCGGCUUGUUAUCGACUUAUAAAUGUGAAUAUCCUUUUUAUAUCUUCAACCUUUAUGUUACUCUUACCUGUCCUAUUUUUAUAAUUCACGGUAUAAUCAGAUAGAAUUACCCGUAUUAAGACAGUAGAUACACAUUAUGAAGUGUAAAAAAGAGAAGAAGAAAAAUAAUAAUAGAGAGUAGUGUUAUUCGAUGUGGCGUUUUGCAAAGAAAUAACUGAAACAAAUGUUUAAAAUUUUCCUAAUUACCGUGUGAUAUAAAUGUUAAUAUAUAAACUUUAAAGCCAUAGUGUGGUUUAUAGAGCUUGUCGUUCUGUUUAUACAUCUGUCAACUGUUGAAAAGUGUGUAUUGGCUUAUAGAUGUCUUGCUUUUUCUGUGUCGUUAGGUUGCUGCAUCAUUAAAAUAUACCCAAUAUCUUCUCUUGACCUCACCCGACCGACAGUAAAACUUUGCUAAAGGGUUUGUGUCUGUUUGGCUGUGUGGGGUGUAUGAAUUCAAAGCCACGUCCGGUCGAAAACGAGAUAUUAUAAAAUUGUAUAAAUUCGAUGCCUCGUCUUAGGAGUUUGCCACACACUCAGCACGUUAAAGAACCAUUGCAACAACUCUUUGAG